AUGGAGGAUCAUAGUAGUAUCGGCGAGGGUGAUAUAGGACAAAUCAAAAAAAAAAUUUCACUUCGUAAUAAUAUUGGAAAACGAUGGCAUCGCUUUCAAGUUCUAACACCAUGUUCAUUUAUUCUUCGAGGUUCUCGUGCGAUGAGUGAUCGCCGGUUCAAGUAUAAAAGUCGAGGACGACAAGCAGCACCGUGCACGAUAGUGGCUAUCGUUUACGGUCGCCUGUUUGAACCCAAAGAGUGGACGAGUCAUCAUAUAGAUCAAGUACUCGAAUAUGGUGACAAGUUGUUUCGCAUAAGCUUGAGGAGAAACAAGUUGAAAGACGAUGAAUAUAUGAGGACCAAUCUCGUACACAAUGAAUUCUAUAUUGGUUUCUACAAAAUUUGGGUUGAUAUCGAAAAAAAUGGUAUCCGCGGCAAUCUCUUUAGCCAGUCAAUUGGCUGUUCGGAUUUUGCUGAAGGCCUCCAAAAAUUUCUCAGAAAUAAUGAUUCUGGAGUAAUCACUGCUCAAGGUAAUUCCGUUGCUGUAUGGCGUCAGUCUGGAAAUGCCGGUUUCUUUUGCUACAAUCCAGCCUCAUGCGAUGAGACUGGUCUACAUUAUGCUGAUGGCACAGCUUGCCUCAUGAGGUUCAAGUAUAUAAAUGACUUGCAUGAUCAUUUGUUAAAGAAUCUAAAUUGGCGUUAUGACUCUCGAUAUUGUAUCGACAAAGUCACCUUGUUGCGUGCCAUAGAGGUCGAUGCAUUCGUUGACCGAUUCGAUGUUAUUGGUCCACCUAUAGUUCGGAAGAGCGUAUUACGAUCCAUUAAUCCUAUUGACAUCGAUGAUCAUAAAGUGGACUGCACAAAGCCUGUGCAGAAAGAAAAAGUGCACAAACUCGCAAGAAUACGAAAAGAACCGUUAUCAAUCAAAAUUUCAAAUUAUAGCAUCGAUCGAUAUUUUGCUACAGAGUUGUUGGUGAAUCGAAACAACUUUGACACAGGAUAUUCAUACGAUGACAUGCGAGUAAACGUGCCAUCCACGUUCACGGAAUUACCCGAUAAAAUAGCGAUUCUUCAUGGUCUAACCUAUGAAGACGAGGAAAUAUACAAAGGCAAAGGUGGACAAAACGUAGCAAAUUGCGUGAUGGCUAUUGCUAUGAAGAAAAUGCAUCCAGUAAAGACAUGGGUGAGAUCGACGCUGGAUGAAAUCCUGAUGAUGGGUGAUUUAUUGUAUGCUAAAGUUAAAUCCGACAAGCCAAUAAUAAAGACAAUGACAGCGGCCGAUUUAGAUAAUACCAAAUUCCAAAUAGAAGAUCGUAAACUAGUGAUAGAUGUCGAUCUGAUCACCGUGACCGGUACAAUUACCUCGAAGGUACCGUCAGUUUUGAAUUUGAAACAGGCACUAGAAGAGUUUUUUCUGUUAAACGAGGAAGGUGUGAUCGAAACGACUUCAAUGGCGGUGACAGUCUGGAGUCAGGAUGAUUAUUACUAUCUAUUCGAUCCUCGAUAUUGUGAUGCCACUGGCAUUAGGAUAAGAGAAGAGAAAACUGACAAAGUUACAGAAAAGGAUAGAAAAGAGGAAAUUAUACAGAAGGAUAAGAAAGAAAUAGGAAAUUGUUGCGUGAUUCGAUUUCCAGACUUAGAUUCCUUGACUGCACUGUUCUUGAAAAAUGUUGAUCCUACGAGAAAGAACGAUCGGUUCACUAUUCGGCAUGUCACGAUCGUGGACGAUGUGCCUGGCACUCGAGCUUGGAACGAGUUUCAGCCCGGUAUGGCAGGUAAGACGUGGGUGUUGCAAGGUGAAAUAUCCAACAUGGAUGAGUUAUUUGAAGAAGAAAAUCAAGGAGUUCAAGGUCUCGCUAUGCCAGUUGUGGCCUUGGUUAGUGCAGGGGAAACGCCAGCAGCAAAAUGGAGUAAGGAAACCGUCGAUGAAGUGAUCAAGGAAGGCGACGCUUAUUACAACUGGUCUAAGCCUGUCACAAUGGAAGAAGAAACUGAAAAAUUGCUUCUUGUCCGAGAUCUGAAAAAAAAUUUGUAUUUCAAAAAUCGAAAAGUAAUUAUUGAUAUCAACGAGGCGGCAGUUGUCGGUGAUCUAUCAGCAUCGGAUGAUUCUAAAUUACUAAACUUAGAAAGAGGCUUAAAUCAAUUCUUCGAGGACAAAUAUUAUGGAAUAGUUGAGACGAAGAGACUCUCAGUGGCAGUAUGGAAAGACGAAGAAGAGAUGAAGGACGAGGAUAAAAAAGAGAUAUUUUAUUAUUAUUUCGAUCCAAAUCCUCGUGAUAAAUUAGGUCAAUCAGCGGAGAGAGACGAAGAAAAUUCUGCCUGCUUGGUACGAUCUUCGGACCUCUCAGCGUUAGCAGAUCUCAUUAAAAAGAAUGCGGGGCACAAUGAAGGCGAGAACGAUUUCAUGAUACAUGAAUUAAAGUCUGUGUCUAUCGGUCCACUUAUGACGGAUGAGGAGAUUGAGGCAGAUAAACUAAUACCGAUUAUGCCGAAUUUGAACAACUAUUCGAAUUUGGGCGAGACUGGCGCUAUACUUUUGGGUACCAUCAAUCAAAGAAAUGAAUUGGUCUUCAAACGAAUAACGAGAGAUAAACAGCAAGCUGCUAAUGGUUUAACGACUUUGGCUAUGACAAAACUUUACGAUCCUCAUUUAUGGUACAGUGAACUUGUAGAUGAUAUCUUGAAAAUUGGCGAUAAACUCACUAAUGAGAACUUAAUAAAUCUACCUGAAGUAGAGGCUGAAGAGGAAACUCCCAGAGAUUAUCUUCUUCCUACGGAAAUCGCAGAAAACUUUACCAUAGGAGUCAAUCGAAUGUCAGUUGGAUUUGAAGAAGAAUCUAUCACCGGAAGCAUGACUGAUGUGAUAAGAUUACUCGAACAGUUUUUUGAGGAAAACUCGAUGGGAAUAUUUCGUCAGGAUGACGUAAUAAUGCCGAUUUGGAGAGAAGGCGAAGUGUUCUUCACAAUGGAUCCUAGGGGUAGAAACGCUCAAGGCAAAUCUACAGAUAAGAAUGAAGCUGCAGCAGUGAUGUGGUUCACCGAUAUCCCCUCAUUAGCUGACAUUCUUCGAACAGUUGUACGGGAGGCCGACGACUUCGUCAUCGAUGCCAUCUCAAUCGACAAUGUGUACGAGACGCGAGUGGCUCAAGCCGAACGUGUGAAAAAGACUACUUCCGGUGAAGAUCUGUGGCAUCAUUUUCCCAAACUCGCAGACGGUGUCUGGAGCAUCGACGGUAACGUCACUAUGACAGACGAAAGGUUCGACAAGACAAAUCAUGGCAAACAAAGUGCAGCCAUCGCCGCGAUGGCCAUCGUCUUUUCCAAGGUCUACCAACCGAGACAGUGGACAUCGUCAAUUCUCGAUCAAGUUAUCGUUACUGGCGACAAACUACAUUCAAAGUGUGUCGAGAGACUCGGUAAUGGCUCGGUACCCUUAGUGAACGAAAUCAUCAGUGAAUUUUUCCUGUCUUCUCGGCGCAUCGCUUUAACAAUCAAGGAUUGUGUUCAAGCGGGUAGUCUUACCGGGAUAGCUCCUAAGAUUCAAAAUUUACGGAGCGGAAUCGACAAUUUCUUCAACAAGUACGAAGCUGGCGUAUUGACCGUACGAGGAAAUAAAAAUUUAGCCAUAUGGAAGGCCGAUGACGCAUAUUACGUUCUAAUACCCAAUUGGUCCGCUACUAUGAAAGAAAACGUGUCAACGGUACCGCAAGUAAUCAGGUUCAAGGAUAUGAGUCUCCUUGUAGAUUAUCUUCUACAUCACUUGGGAACCGAAGGCGAUUAUCAGAUUACUGCGAUCGACGUGCUGGACUGGACUAAACCGCCACUUUGGAAACUUGAUCCUAGUCCGGCGAUUCGACCAACGAACCUGCCUCCUUUGAACGCUUACAGAAAAUUACGGGGCGAGGCGCGUGCUAUCUUGCGUGGAAGCUAUCAUCAAGGCGACAAGAUCUUUCCCGAGACGUUACGUAGUCGACAAACAGCGGCAAAUUGUGUCGUUGCGCUCGGUAUGUCAAUCGUUAAGAGUCCCAUCACCUGGACGAAAAAGACUAUGGACGAGAUUUUGGCAAUCGGUAGUAACGUUCAUCAAGAAUCAAGAAAGAUCAAACCCGAAUCGAGAUUGAAACCAAAGGAUAUUAUCAGAGUAUUCUAUGUGGGUGUCAAUGUUUUGACUGCUGACAUUGAGCCUAAUACCGUAAUCGGUCUGGUGGCGAUUGAACCUUCCGUCUCGGAAGAUAAAAAGGGGGAAGAGAAAGAAAAGAUUGACAAACGCGAGAAGAGAACGACUCGGCGAGAACAAUCUUCUUCGAUUUUAUUGGAGGAAGGUUUGCGGAAAUUUUUUGAAGAUAAUCGUGCUGGUAUUCUAAUAACCGAUCGCGGUAUGAUAGCUAUUUGGAAAGAUCUGGGUGUUUACUUCAUGUAUGAUCCUAGAGCUAGAAACGAUCAGGGUCUACCAGAUUCCAACGGAACUUCAUGUAUAAUGUGGUUUGCUUGUCUGGAACCUUUAUAUGAUACAAUCUUUGCAAACAUUGAUCCCCGUGAGAGAUAUGGGGCUUUCGAGAUCUGUCGAGUAAUCAUAAGGAACGUCAUAAUUGAGACAUUGCCGUGUCCAGGUGGUUUCCAACCAUAUUUAGAUCGUAUCGCGCCACUUGUUUCAAUUAUCUGCCCAAAAAAGACAGUUAGGUUGAACGUGGAAUCGCUGAAUGAGUACAGUAUCGUGAACGACGAACUGAGCGUUCUGCAUGGCAGCCUGCACAUGAAUCAUCGUACCUUCAGUCUGAGAAACAGGGGUUUGCAGAGUACGGCAAUCGCGGCAGUCGCCGUUGUAAUGGGGCUGCUGCACGUGCCAUCCACGUGGACUUCCGAGCUAAUUGAUACCGUACUCAAGUACGGUGAUUCGCUGUACUUUGAGAGUGCCCGAGCCGCUCGACCGGGCGCCAGGAAUCUCUCACCCAGUGAGUUGCUCACCGUGUUUAUCGUGGGUGACUUGAGGGUCACCAUUCACGUUCAUAAUCAUACUACCGCCGGGAUACUUCAUAUCUUCGAUCUGUCCGAGGCGCUCGCUAUGUUUUUCCGCGUGAAUUGCGCCGGAAUAUUGCACACAAACAAUCUGGCGAUGGCUGUGAUGCAGCAUUACGGUAAAUUCUAUAUGUUUGACCCGUGCUCGAGAAAUGAUCGGGGUAAACCUGCCUACGACGGCGCCGCAUGUAUGUUCAAGUGUAACAGUAUCGCAAGGAUGGCAAAGAUAUUCGUGGACAAUUGCAACUCGAAGCGAUCGAAUGUAUAUACUCUGAACGCGGUUAACGUAUUGAGCCUGCAUUUUUUUUCAACCACGAGAGACAUUUAUUCAUGUAAAUAUUAA